UCCUGUACAGUUCUGUCUUCCUCAUUUCAACGACAGGACAGUACAUCCGUAAGAACACACAUUGGACGUUCUAGACUCACUUGAUACAAUGGAAGAGAAAACUAUGGCCAACUCCAGGCGUUGUUAUAAACAAUGGCGUUGGUUCAUGGUUUUGAUCAUGUCCUUCCCUGUAUCCUACGUGGAUGCGGUGUGGCCGAUGCCUCAAAUGAUCCGCUCUUCCAUGGUCCGAUACACACUAAAUCCACAGGAGUUUCUUUUUCAGUACUCUAGUGGAUCUUCUGCUCAAUCCGGUUGUUCUCUUCUGGACUCGGCUUUCAAAAGAUACUUCACGCUCAUCUUCACGGAUUAUAGUGCAGCAAGACCCAGACAGCACGAUGAGUGGUUUAGGUUCCCUUUCACCGUUGUGGUCCAUGUGGAGAGAGCAGAAUGUGAGGGCUAUCCAGACGCAGACUCCUCAGAAAGCUACAAGCUGAGUGUGAGUUCGGGCCAGGCAGCACUGAGGGCUGAGACGGUAUGGGGAGCACUCAGAGGUUUGGAGUCAUUCAGUCAGCUGGUCUCCCAAGAUGCCUUUGGGGAGUAUUUUGUGAAUGAGACUGAGAUAGAAGAUUUUCCCCGCUUCCAGUUCCGAGGGAUAUUAUUGGAUACGUCACGUCACUACCUACCUUUACACGCUAUUCUGAAGACCCUGGAUGCGAUGUCCUACAACAAGUUAAAUGUUUUCCACUGGCACAUCGUGGAUGACCCCUCCUUCCCCUACCAGAGUAGCACUUUCCCUGACCUCAGCAGCAAGGGGGCGUUCCAUCCGUUUACCCAUGUGUACACCCAGAUAGACGUGAAGAGGGUUAUCGCCCACGCCAGACUCAGAGGCAUCAGGGUCCUGGCUGAAUUUGACUCCCCGGGACACACCCAGUCAUGGGGCAAAGGACAGCCCGGUCUCCUGACCCCCUGCUAUAAGGGCACAGUCCCCUCUGGGACGUUUGGUCCAGUGAACCCAGCCAUCCCUCCCCAACCUUAACCCCCUCACCCCUCUCUCCUCAGGACAGCCCGGUCUCCUGACCCCCUGCUAUAAGGGCACAGUCCCCUCUGGGACGUUUGGUCCAGUGAACCCAGCCAUCCCUCCCCAACCUUAACCCCCUCACCCCUCACUCCCCAGAACAGCCCGGUCUCCUGACCCCCUGCUAUAAGGGGACAGUUACCUCUGGGACUUUCGGACCAGUGAACCCAGCCAACUCCUCCAGCUGCUACACUAGUUCUAACCAGUGGUAUAAAGCACUUAAGUAAAAAUACCCCCAAAAAACGACUUAAGUACUUUAAAGUAUC